AUGUCUCGUCGCUCAACCGUGACCCGCCUGCGCAACCUGAUGACGUCGUUCAACGGGAUCUACGCUUUCAUGGAGAGCUACGACGCCAGCAAGCAGGCCGGCGAGCUGGUUAUGCGCUUGGAGAAGCUCGAGCCGCUGUGGGACAAAAUCGACGAUGCCAUCACGGAGGCGGAGCUAGCGGACAGUGAGGAGGGGACCGGCGAGGAGGAGAGAGGUGAGGAUAAGGGUGAGGAUAAAAGUGAGAGUGGUGAGAAAAAGGGGUCCAAACCGGAGAGGUACGCCAACAUUCGAAGUGCCUUCCAAAAUAAAUACUUUACGGUCAAAGCAUUCCUGCAGUCUAAAAUUUGGGAGCUUCCCGAUCAAGCCCAAGCCCUGCCCAUGGUUUCGCAGUCCGCCCACACCACCCCUUCUACCCAACACGUUAAAUUGCCUACUAUCAGUCUACCAAGGUUCUCUGGGAACUAUGAGGAUUGGUUGCCUUUUCGAGAUCUCUUCGUGUCGCUGAUUCACUCGUCGGAAUUGCCAAAUAUUGAAAAGUUUCACUAUCUGCGGAAUCAACUUGACGGUCCAGCCAAAACGGAGAUCGCGAAUGUGAAAUUUACUGCAGACCAUUACACUGUCGCGUGGGAGUUACUGGAAAAGCGGUUCGGUAACACCAAGCACAUGAAGAAGCUGGAAAUCAAGAGUUUGUUCGACCUGCCAACUUUUCGGAAGGAGUCGGUUGCUGAGCUACGCGAACUGGUGGAAGGGUUCGACAAAACCGUUCGAGUCCUGGAUCAAGUUGUGGAGUACGCCAAGUACAGGGAUCUUCUUCUUGUUCAUCUGCUGUGCUCUCGUUUGGACGACAAAACGCUGCGCAGCUGGGAGGAGCACGUGUCCACGAAGACGGAAGAGACUUUCCAGGAUCUGAUCGACUUCCUGCGUCGGCACAUCUGUGUUCUGGAAGCUCUGCCUACUAAACACCAAGAGUCCCACCAGUCCAAACCCCGUAAAGCUUUCGCCACCAAGGUCUCCAACCAAAACACGGUCCAUUCCAAUCCCAAAUUCGGCUGUUUGGCAUGUUCUGACUCACACCCCCUCUUCAAAUGCCCAUCGUUUGCGAGGAUGUCAGUCAGCGAGAGGGAGAAGAUCGUCAAUCAGAACGCGCUGUGCAGAAACUGUUUCCGGAAGGGCCACAUCGCUAGGAGUUGUACUUCCAGGUUUUCGUGCCAGCGAUGUAAGGAACGCCACCAUACGCUGGUCUGCUACAAACCGGAAGGAAAACCCAACCUAUGUCCAGCCAUCCCAGCAAGGCCAACCAAGGAGGAGGCAGGAACGGCGGCGACCGCUGAGUCGUCCUCUGCUGCUGUCGCGGAGACACGUACGGCGAACACCAGUUCUGCAGCUACGGUCGGAAAGGUGCUUUUAGCAACCGCAGUACUUUUGCUCGUCGACGAUGCUGGACAGGAGUUUCCAGCAAGGGCACUUUUGGACUCUGGGUCAGAGUGCAACAUCGUCUCCACCAAACUCGCUCAACGGAUGCACGUGUCCCGGAACAAGGCGAACGUGCAGAUUUCCGGUGUUGGUCAAGUACCUACAAAAACUUCGCAGAAGGUUCGAGCCACGGUCAAGUCCAGAUUGUCGAAAUACUGCGAGGUCAUGGAGUUUUACGUUUUGGCCAAGGUGACUGAAGAUCUACCAACCUCCCCGGUGGAACCAACUAGCUGGACUGUUCCCGAAGGUGUCCAACUGGCGGACCCUGAAUUCUUCAGAACCAACCCUAUCGAUGUUUUGCUCGGCGGAGAGUUCUUCUUUAACUUCUUCCCAUACAAACAGAGGAUCUCACUUGGAGCAGGACUACCAUCCCUGGUUGAAUCGGUGUUCGGCUGGAUCGUGACUGGCAGGUGCGGCUGGAACCGUGGAGAACCACCGAUCGUAUGCCAGCAUUCAACCGUAACGGAAACCUUGGAGGAAAUUAUGACCAAAUUCUGGGAAUGCGAGGACGGAGGAUUUACUUCCGAUUAUUCCGUGGAGGAGAGCACGUGCGAGGACCACUAUGUGCGCACCGUCAAGCGAGGUGGAGAUGGUCGGUACACCGUUGGAAUGCCAAAGUCGGUUGAUUUGCACAUCAAGCUAGGAGAAUCGAAAAGCGCUGCUGAUCGUCGUCUUCUUUUCCUUGAGAGAAGGUUGGCUCGCGACGAUGACCUGAAGAAGGAGUACCAUGCGUUCAUGAAGGAUUACUUGGACAGGAACCACAUGUGCAAGAUCAUCGAAGACCCGACGAGCACCGCGACCACCUACUACCUCCCACACCACCCCGUCAUCCGAAGUUCCAGCACAACAACGCACGUCCGUGUCGUGUUUGAUGCGUCAAGCAAAACCUCCACUGGGACAUCCCUAAACGACGUUCUGCUGAACGGCCCAGUCAUCCAGGACGACCUGCGCACCAUCAUCUCCCGAAGCCGCCUGUUUCCCAUCCUUCUCGUCGCAGACGUGGAGAAAAUGUUUCGGCAGAUUCGGAUGGACGCCGAGGACCUACCGCUGCAGAGAAUUCGCUGGCGCUUCUCGGAGGACGAUCCCAUCGACACGUACGAGCUGCUAACCGUGACGUACGCCACCAAACCGGCGCCGUUCCUGGCCACCCGAACCCUGAAGCAGCUGUCCGUCGAUGAUGCAACCAAGUACCCACUGGCCGCCGUGAGGAUCGCGCGAGAUGUUUACAUGGACGAUGUAAUCACUGGUGCAUACCACCCUGCCGAAGCGAAACAAAUUCGUGAGCAACUGGACACGAUGACGCUGGUAGCAGGUUUUCCGCUUCGCAAGUGGGUCUCCAACUAUGAGGAAGCGCUCGAGGGUGUGAGUGAGGACAACUUGGCGCUACCGAGAGAGAUGGGGAUCGAUUUCGACGAAGAGAGGACCGUGAAGACUCUUGGGUUGGUCUGGGAGCCGAAAACUGACACGUUCCGGUUCAAGAUUGAGUCGACGCUGAUCCCACCGAACGAGCUGACCAAGGCCAAAAUACUCUCUAUCAUUGCCAAAAUUUUCGAUCCUUUGGGGCUUGUUGGACCGGUGGUGGCUAAGGCAAAGAUCUUUAUGCAGGGAAUCUGGGAGCUGAAGAACGCGAAGGGCAAACCCUGGGACUGGAACGAUCCUCUGCCGAAGUCGAUGCUGGACGAGUGGAUGCAGUUCUACGAGCAGCUCCACUACCUGAACAACCUGCGGAUUCCAAGAUUCGCUAUGAUCCCCAAUCCAGUCCACAUUCAACUCCACUUUUGUAGCGAUGCUUCCGAGAAGGCACUGGGUGCGAAUCUUUACAUCCGUUCUGAGGACAAGGAGGGGAGAGUCAAGGUGUCUUUCUUCACGUCCAAAUCUCGGGUCGCUCCUCUCAAGCGACAACCCAUUCCCCGGCUCGAGCUGAACGGAUUUUGGCUAGCCGCAGACAUGUACCGGAAGUUCAAGGAGUGCACAACUUUCCGUUUCGAAACCUUCUUCUGGACGGAUUCCAGAACGGUCCUGCAGUGGCUUGCGAAACCCCCAAGAACGUGGAAUGCCUACGUGGCAAACCGUGUCUCCUUUAUCCAGCAUAUUACCCAAGGUUGCCACUUGUUCCAUGUACCCGGAGUCAUGAACCCAGCUGACCAGCUGUCCAGAGGACUGGACCCCAAGGAGUUCAUUGACGGAGAUUGGGACCCGUUGUGGAUGUACGAGACGAGUUCCUGGCCUGCCCAAGCAACACCCGAAGAGGAGACCGAAGAUUGCGCCAAGGAGAGGAGAAAACACGUCGAGUCAGCUGCUGCAGUUUCUGCCAAGUCAUUCAACGAAUCGUAUUUUGCGAAGUUCAACGAAUACUGGAAGCUGAUCCGCACGACCGCCUACUGGAGACGGUACCUGCGCAAUCGUCGUUUACCGGAAGCCGAGCGUACCCUGUCAGUCCCGCUAACCACAAGGAACUACAAGAAGCGGAAUGGUGUCUCGCACGGCUGGUCCAGCAAGAAGCUUUCAGCAGGGAACUCCAGGACCUGUCCAAAGGAAGGUGUCAUCCGCGUGGGAGGACGGUUGGGCAACUGCGACCGAAACGAGAACUUCAAGCACCCGAUUAUCAUCCCAGGAAACCACCACUUCUCCAAACUUCUGGCCGACUGCCUGCAUCUACGACUGUUUCACGCCGGAACCCAGCUGAUGCUAGCGACGAUGCGACAGAAGUUUUGGCCGCUGAGAGGACGAGACCUAUGUCGGCAAACCACACACCAGUGCAAGGACUGUUUCAAGGCGAAACCUCAACUUCUACAGCAAUUUAUGGGACAACUACCAACUCCAAGAACGAUCGCCGCUCGACCUUUCACCAAUACAGGCGUAGACUACUUUGGGCCAGUCUACAUUAGGCAAGGGUAUAGAAGGGGGCCGGUUAAGGCUUACGUAGCUGUGUUUGUUUGCUUUGGAACUAAAGCGGUCCACUUGGAACUGGUUUCGGACCUGUCCACCGCCAAGUUCCUCCAAGCACUGCGUCGGUUCGUGGCUCGCCGGGGAAAGCCAGCCGACAUGUAUUCCGACAAUGGCACAAACUUUGUCGGCGCGAAAAAUGACCUCAAAGAGCUUCUGCACAACCUCAAGCACGAGAAACACCACGAACACAUCCAGCACGAAUGCUCCCAGGAGGGUAUAAAUUGGCACUUUAUCCCUCCUGGCGCUCCCCACUUUGGCGGAUUGUGGGAAGCCGCUGUUAAGUCCGCCAAGAAACACCUUCUCCGCGUUGUUGGCCAAUCCUCCAUCUCACACGAGGACUACAUAACCCUCCUCGCCCAGGUAGAGGCUUGCCUCAACUCAAGACCCCUCACGCCCCUCACUGAAGAUCCCUCCGACCUCGAACCGCUAACCCCCGCUCACUUCCUGAUCGGGACAUCCCUAGAAGCUGUGCCGGACAAGAACUAUUCCGAGAUCCCGAACAACCGCCUCACGCACUGGCAGAGCAUCCAACAGCAGCUUCAACAUUUCUGGCGUCGGUGGCAUACGGAGUACCUGCAACAACUACAAGCUCGUGUGAAGAACUGGCAGCCUGCGAUAGAAAUUCGCCCUGGACGCCUUGUCAUCGUGGUCGACGAAAACCAGCCGUCGAUGAAGUGGAAGAUGGCACGAAUACACGAGAUUCAUCCCGGCGCCGAUGGUGUGGUCCGCGUAGUUACGCUCCGGACUGCUACUGGAUACCUGAAGAGACCAGUUACGAAGAUUUGCCUGUUACCAAUACCAGCAGAAUCGAUCGAGGAAGAAAAGGUAGCCACGUUGACGUUGGGGUUCUGGCUGAUAUGUGUCACGAUCAAGGAUACCGGAGAAGCAUCUGUUGAAGCCGAAUUCUGA